ACCUAUUACAUUGCGCUGGAAUGGGAUAUGUAAUUCUGAUGCCAUGUCCAUUAAGUGCUUCGAUUGUCGUCUUUACUGGCAGAGUCAGUGAGUCAAGGAAUGUCACAGAAGUGAAAAACAAGUCGUUGUAAUUGUGUUUAUUUACGUUUAUUACUGCUCUACACCACACGCCCCCUUAUGACAACUGAUCUGGGAGAUGAUAUAGACUACAUAAAGCUCCGCCGUGUCGUAGCCAUAUGAAGCGUCAAGGAUGAAUCUGUGCGAUAAGGUGGCUCUAGUAACCGGUGCAGCGCAAGGUAUCGGUAGAGCCGUGGUGGAGAGCCUACUGAAGAAUGGAGCAAAGGUUGCACUUGUUGAUUUGAAUCAAACUGUCGGGGAAGCCUGCAAGAAGGAUUUAGAUGGAAAGUUUGGAGAUGGUAACUGCAUUUUCAUUCAGUGUGACGUGACGGACAAAUCGAAACUUCAAGAUGCGUUUCAAAGUACGGUCGACAGGUUUGGAAGACUGGAUAUUGUGAUAAACAAUGCAGGCAUCACCAAUGAGAAUAACUGGGAGAAAACCAUUGAAGUCAAUCUGACUUCAGUCAUUCAGGGUACUUACCUGGGCCUGGAGCAUAUGAGUAAAGAGUUCGGGAAAAAAGGGGGCGUUAUCGUCAAUGUCUCGUCUAUGGCAGCUUUCCUUCAUUCUCCCCAUCAGCCGGUGUACACAGCCACGAAGUACGGGGUGAUUGGCUUCUCCAGAGCGAUCGCAGACGCGGCGGAGGUGGAGAACAACGGUGUGCGGAUCAACACGAUGUGCCCCGCCUUCGUGGACACCCCGCUGCUGCGCUCCGUGGAACACGAGGACAACAUGGGCAAAUUCGUCAAGUUCAAGGACGACUUCAAGCAGAGCAUGCUCAAGUUCGGGGUGCUCGAGCCGGAACGGAUAGCGGAGGGAAUGUUGCGCCUGAUAACUGAUACCAGUCUGAAUGGGGCCGUGAUGAAGAUCACAUGCUCCAAGGGGAUCCACUUCCACACCUACGAGCCUCAGUCUGCCUGAGAACGACAGGCAGCUCCAUUGGAAUGCGGUCCGCACCGACGUCCGACAGUUGACGGUACCUCAAGUAGCCUGACGGCGAACAGGGUCAUUCGGGAGGUCGGCCAGUGGCACCCAGUAAACCCUUAAGGGUUAAUGCAGGCCUACGGUGUGAUGUAUUAAUGCAGGCCUACGGUGUGAUGUAUUAAUGCAGGCCUACGGUGUGACGUAUAAAUGCAGGCCUACGGUGUGAUGUAUUAAUGCAGGCCUACGGUGUGACGUAACCAACAUUCCAGUAGUGUGUCUGUUGAUGGGUAUAAAGAUGGGAAGGCAGGGGGGGGGGGUUUAGUUGUCGGUAUUGACACGCCCUGCAGUUGAUUUGACUACUUUGAGAGACAUUUCUGCGGACACAUUGACUGCCAUUAUUGCUUUUUAUAUAUUCUUCUAUGAAUAUGUUAAUUACUUUCUAUGUAUUUAUUGCUUGGACCCCUAUACUUGGAACCAAAAAAGCCAAGUUACUUGUACCUCUUUACUCAGUGAUUUAUGUUUAUUUUUAUUUAUCACCAAGCACUAUAGUGAUCACAUCAUGUAAUACACGGCAUUAUGUUUUUAAAAUCGAAAUCAAUCUGUAGCGAUGCAUGUCAUUACAGCAUGAUUACAUUUAUCAUAGAGUACAUGAAGAGUAUGUGUCGUCUCACAUUAAACUUUGUCUUGUCUACA